CAACACAGUUGACAGAGCUCAUAGAGCGGCAUAGAAGACGCUUUUGAUUUGUACACGUCACACAACAAGUAGUGCCUACGUCCGUCCUUCCAUAUACAUUGGGAAGCUUCGUUAGCUCGGCCAACACUCCUCUCUUCUUGGCCCCGGGGAUUUUUUUUUUUCUGGAAUCCAGAGCUCGGUCGCAGUCGUCCGGCAGAUUGCCAUGAAUGUCGCAAUACCAGCGCUGCUACUUGUCCUGCUGGUCGAUGUGCCACCAUCGUCAGCGCACUGGUGCAAGCUGAAAGGCUUGAAAAAGAUAGACUGGGAAAAGUUUGCGGGCAAGGAAUGGUACGCAGCGGUCGGCAGUUUUACACACCACGAAUAUCCCAUAUGUACCUCAAGACUUUACUACCCCAAGAAAGGCCGCGUCGUUGAAGUUCUAAGACACGGGAGGGUCGGGGCUAAAUCUUGGAAUCAGACCACAUCCGGCGGCACGCUCGAAUCGGACAAAAUUCGAUUUGUUAAAGACAAUGCUUUGAGUCCCGACGGGGUGAUCUACUACCAAAUCUUGGACACGGAUUAUACAACCUGGGCGGUCGAGAAUUCCUGCAAUCAGUUCGGAAGCACUCUCUCACUUCUGCUGACCAAGCAAAUGCGCCAAGUUCCGAGAACAAUAAUGCGGAAAGCCUGGAGGGCCAUACGGAAGGCAGGGUACAGACACGAUGGAAAACAGUGGUUUCCAACCGGCUGCCUCAUAGAAAGCGGCAAAGGCGACGGCAUGCUCGCAUUGAUGCUUGUGUCGAAGCCCCCUAAAUAAAGAGCGACAAAGCGUCCUGCCGCUAGUGUGAAGUGA